AUGUGGCCUCCCAGUGAUAAAAUACCCAACUUACCCGAUUUACCCGAGGUCAAAUCAUUCAUUGGCGUUAUUUUCGCUGUUUCUGGCAAUAUUUUGAUCUCCGUCGCAUUAAACAUUCAAAAAAAUGCCCAUAAUGAGCUACAAAAGCUUCAACUCGACCGCCUUGAUUCCAGCGAUUUUGCAAACACUUCUCCACAAACCCCAGUAGGAACACACAAUUUUCCUACGGAUAGUCACGAUGGUUAUGAAGUACCAGAUCCCGAUGAGUGUAAUACCAAUUACCUUCAUUCAAAAGCAUGGUGGGCUGGACUCUUUUUAAUGGUCAUUGGAGAAUUGGGCAAUUUUAUCGCAUACGCGUUUGCUCCGGCUUCGGUCAUAGCGCCUCUUGGAACCGUCGCUUUGAUUUCUAAUGUAAUUUUAGCCCCGAUAAUGCUUAAGGAGACGUUUCGACCUCAAGACUUACUCGGAAUUUUGAUUGCUAUUAUCGGUGCGGUUGUCGUUGUCAUAAACUCGAAGUCAGAUGAAGUAAAACUUUCACCUCAAGCGAUAUGGAUUGCUAUUAUGCAAACACAAUUUACCAUUUAUCUAUCAGUAACGCUUGUGAUGUCAAUGCUGUUAAUAUUUCUUUCUGAUAAAAUUGGUCACAAAUUAAUUAUUAUUGAUCUAUCGUUGGUUGCAAUAUUUGACUGUGGCGUUAACAUCACCGGUGUUGGUAAACUUAUUGUUAUUAUUAUAUCAACAGUUUUUCUAACAUCUAGUUUUGAUAAUAUAGGUGGAUAUACUAUAAAAUUUCUUAACAAGGCAUUAAAACAGUUUGAUUCAACGGAAGUUAUUCCUACGCAAUUUGUUUUAUUUACUAUAUCAGCAAUAAUAGGUAGUGCUAUAUUAUAUAAUGAUUUUGCUGAAAUGGAUUUUUGGAAAUGCACUGGCUUCUUGAUAGGGUGUUUCAUGACGUUUGUGGGUGUUUACUUUAUCACUUCAAACCGAGGAAAAUCUAAAGGUUAUGUAAAACAAGGUACUAAUUCUGUACCAGGAACUUUGAGAGGCGAUCAUUUUCGCACUGUACUUCCUGAUGAUAUGGGCACUUAUAAUCCAUCGAAUGAAUUUGACCGAUAUGUAUCAUACCAAAAUUCAAAUGCCACGACCAUUCCUCGAAGACAUACUGUAUUAGAACCAAUUCCAUAUGCCUCUACACCUCUUUUAAGUGGUCACGAUUCGAACAAUAAUUCUCUUUCAAGAAACGACGGCUUGUUAUUAUCUCUUGUUCAUGGUUCCCUUACUGCUGGUGUAAGUCAAGCAUUAAAUUCUGUCGGUGCCCGUCAUUCUCAUGCACUUGGAUUAGAUCAAGUUUUCGAAAAUUAUUGGUUAAAAAUGAUAGAACAAAGGUCUAAUGAGUCUAAUCACAUUAAUGGUGAUUCUGGAUUUCAUCGUCGUAGUAAUUCAGUACCACAACCUCGAACAUUUAAUGUUGGAAAUUAUCAAAAUUAUCAAAGUGGCGGUAGAACCAACAUUUCAUCAGCUGCCAGUCAAGAUAAUACUAGUGAAAAUUUCAACGUACAACCUAAAUCUUUAACUAAUUCUUCUUACCUUGUGAGUGGUCGAACCAUUUCAACAAAUGGUAGUAAUGUAGGAAUAUAUAUGGGUGAUUCCGGUAGUACCUAUGAAGCAUUUCCUGAUCUUAAUCAUUCCGAAGAUAUUGAUGAUUUGCCCGAUUUACCCACCAGGAGUGACUAUGGUAAUAACUGA